AUGAGUGACGAUAAAGUUGUAAUCGAUGAACCCAAUCAAAAGGCAGUCUUGACUCCAACUGCAGAUGAAAUUCGACAAAUGUACAAAGUCAUUGAGGACGAAGUCUUGCCCAAAACACGCAAGGGAGUGAAGGAAGGAAACAAAGUCUUUGGGGCCGCCAUUCUCUCUCCAGAACUUCAAUGCAAGUUCUGUGAAACAAAUGCUGAAACUGAUUGCCCAAUCUUUCAUGGUGAAGUGCAUUGUAUCUAUCAGUGGUCCAAGGCGACACCUCCCGCCGAACGAGGACCAAUGGCUCAAUCUAGCAUUUUCUUGAGCACACAUGAGCCUUGCUGCAUGUGCAUUUCCAGUAUCUUGUGGGCCGGUUUCCCAGUGGUGUACUACUUUUUUCCAUACAGUGUCACUUCGGCACAAGGAAUUCCUCACGACAUUAAAACCAUGCAUGAACUUUGGGGAGUCACCACCUACCGUAAGCAGAAUGCCUACUUGAGUACAGCCUGCCUUAUGGAUUUGGUGGCUGCCUUGCCUGAUGGUGCCGACAAGACGGAGCUUGUGGCCACCCAGGAUCGUUUGCUAAAAGCAUAUGACGAGAUGGCAAACUACUAUCAUACCGAAAAGGCCAAUAAUCCUGAGAACUCUCUCGUGCUCGGUUAG